CUGGUUUUUGGACCAGAAGGCGUUUUGUUCCUGAUCAGGCUGCAUGGUGAUUUCACUCCCUGGGGCCACAAACUGUCCCAAAUUCAAAAUUAUAUAGCAUCAUAGUUGCCAUGGCAUGUGGCUGUGCCCCUUCCUCCACACCCUUGGCCGAGUACGCAAGAUCACUGAGGACGCUUGAUGACGGUGAAAGGCUGUCCAUGUUUUUUCCUCUGUACACGGUACCUUUAGGCACCCUUUUGGAGAUGACCAAAAUCGAGCCACAUGAGGCACUGAAGGCCAGAAAUGUGUGGGUGGAGUUCCAAAGGAAUAUGGGCAAUGCAGCGUUUGUUUCACACCAGUGGGUUACCACCAACCACCCCGACCCAGACUGCAAGCAGAUAAGGGUCUUGCAGGAUGCUCUGAAGGAAAUGAUGGGCAACUUGAAAAGCAUACCUGUAGACUUAAUUUCCGAAGGGCAAAAUAUAAAUUUCAAGCCUUUGCCCACAUCGAAGAUUCUGUCAGAACCGCUGUUCUUUUGGUAUGAUUAUUUCUCGUGCCCACAGAAGCAAGGGCUUUGUGAAGCUGCCAUCAACAGCAUACCGGCAUAUGUGGACGAGUGUUCUUUCUUUUUUGCCCUUGUACCAGCCUUGGAGAAUCGGAAUGAAACCAAUCUGAUCACUCCAUUCACCUGGAAUAGUAGGGGCUGGUGCAGGUUGGAGAGAUCUUGCCGAGAACUCUCCCAAAACGAGUCCUGGAUUCAGGUGAAAGGCCCCAAUGAUCUUCAGCUCGUAUUAGGCGCCAUUGCAUCCAUUCGUGCUGGGUCUGGGCCAGUGGGUGAAGGAGCUUUCACAGUGCCGGAGGAUCGCUUGAAACUCGGGCAGGUUCUCAUGAAAGCUCUGAAGCGCAAGCUGCUUUGGCUUCUCAAAGCCCAAGAUCUGCCAGGUUUUCGCUUUUUGCUGAACCAGCAAGCUUUUGUUUUCAGAGGUUUGGAUUGCAAACUGUUCGAGCCUCUUCCGGGUUUUGAGAACAACCAUGUGGAUUUGGAUGUUUCUCCCCUUGUCGCGAAGUUCUUCUAUCAGAAUGGUUUCCGCAGCAUUUGGGAGGUGGACAGUGCUGGAUUUUCGCCCCUUCACUACGCGGCCCUGAACGGCGACCCAUCACUGGUUCAAGGCUUGCUUAUGCUUCAGGCAGAUCCAAACCAAGGCACCAGGAAAGCCCACCCGGGCCUUGGAUUUGAACCGGGGAUUUUACCUGUUUCCAUUUGCUGCACCUUCAAGAACAAUGAGGCUGUCCGUGUUUUGAUCUCUGCCAGAGGCAAGGUCACCAGCAGCGCACUUGUUCACAGACCUCUUCAGUGUGCGACAGUAGUGAACAAUGCAGAAGCAGUCUAUAUUCUCCUCCGUGCGAAGUGCCGGCCCGAGCAGAAUUCUUUCGGCUUCACUCCGCUUGACACUGCUGCCAGCACGGGAUCUCUUGAAGCCCUAGAGGAACUCCUCACAAACACCAAGGUAAGUGCCCUGGAUGCCACCCACGCCCUUCACAGUGCAGCAGCUGGCAGUGGAGGUGCACAGGUGGUGCAGCGACUAGUGGAAAUGAGGGCAGAUGUGAAUGCUCCGAUCGAAGACAUUUACAAGCGGACGCUCCUCAUGCGAGUUCUGUACACCUUGAAGGUCUUGCAGCACCGCUUUCACAAGGUCACGAUACUCAGUGAGGUUCUGUACCAGGCCAAAGGCGCAACACCUUUGAUGAUUGCCUUGCUGCUUGGGGAGGAUGACUUUGCUGCAGCUUUGAUUGCUGCAGGGGCAGAGCUGAAUCUGCGGAACGCCCGGGGCUUGACUGCCGCAGAUUUGAUAAGAAGGCGUUCGGGGCCAGAAUUCCUGCUUGAGGCUGUAGAAGGAAAGAUCCAAGCAUGCCAGGAGGUUUCCUUACUUGCAUGUGGCUGGACCGAGGUGCAGUUCUGAUACUAGAUACGUUUUGAUGUACAGAUAUAUGUACAAUUGUAUAAUUUAUAUAACGUACGUAGAUUUUAUUUGGAGUUGGCUGUGCACUCUGAAGGGUCACACCAAAAGUAUCACCCUAAUUCACCCUAUAUGCAGAAGAAUAGGAGAACAA